ACAUAGCAAUGAAAUAUAGGACAUUGAUAUUCUACCCUCACGUCAAUAUCACUUUAUAAUGAAAGCUCACGUAUUCCGUAGAAGGGUAUAAUCUAUUGUAUGAGGUUGUCGUCCGCAAUGUCAAUAUUUAUUGCUGAAAUGUCAACUUGAGAAGUCAGUCGUGAGAGUAUGUGUAUAUUUGUUUAGAAUAGAAACCAAAUACUGAGAAUUCAUCAAAUAAUCUCACUGGAUUAUUCCUUCCGUUUCUGAUUGAUUUACCUAGAUGUCGUCUGCUACCCUGGCGUCCUCGUCGUCUGCUCCUACAUCUGGCACGAUGAACAAGAUUGAUGAAGAAGAAAAGGAGGAGGAACCGCCGACGUUCAUUACUGUUUUAUUUGGAGAUAAUCAAAAAGCCAUAUUCAACCCGAGAUGUCGGAGCCAAAUCUUAUUAGAGUUCAUCAGACGCAAAUGUAAUUGUGAGAACGAAGCAGCUAUUGACCUAAUCGACUUUGAGGGAGUAGUGAAGAAUCUUUCGUCUGCCAAACUAUUUGAUUACGCUCAUGAACACCAGUCUGUCGGGAGCAGGGAGAGUUAUGUCUUGGUCAGGGUAGAGAGCGAAAAAAAGUACAACGGAAAGAGAGAAAAAGAACAGACGAAAUUUGUGCCGUUAUUGAAUAAUUUGGAGGCGGUGAAUCCUGAAUUACACGAUAAAUUGAACAAUAUUGUAGUUGAACGGCCCAAAACCAGAGAAGACAAGUCGAAGAAUCUUACAAAGCCGGCGCCGAAAACUCGACAAGUGAAUCCGCCAUCAAGUAAACGGAUGUCACCACCGGCAGGAUCGCGUCGAGGAUCACGGAAUCUAAAAAUCAACUGACUAAGACACUUCACAACAGACAUUACAUCACAGCAGUGUCUUCUACUAGCCAGGACAAUGUCACAACCUUUGCUGUGUCUUCGAUGAAAAUCCGAUCAUGUGACCAUUUGCCUUGGAAUUCAAGGUCCAUGGAUAUUUUGGUAUCUUUCAUUGCUAGUUGAUGAAGUUGUCUAGUCGGUAUCAGUCAGACGGUGGUAAUACUGCAUACUAGUACUUUACUGCUAGACCGUCAGUCAAUCGUCCUGUAUGUCGUUGUUCGCAGGUCAGCCUAUCUUCAUUAGUUGUGCCACCAUUAGUUGUGCCGCCUGGUGGGAAAUUUACCAGACAGCUUUAUCAGAGAUCAUCCAGUCUACCUCUUAGAUAUUAACAAACAUAUUAUGUAUUGCAGCGCGUCCUCAGAAGUGUCAGCUCCGUCAUAACGUCCAUAUUUAAGGUUAAUUUAUUUGAAGUCAUGUCAAAAUAAAAUAUUUCUAUUUUUCA